AUGGCAUUUUAUUCUGAGUUGAUUACUAAAGUGAGAAACAUGUUGCAAGGCUGGAAGGGGAAUUUGCUUUCAUUUGGUAGAAGUGCAGUUUUGUUAACUCAUGUUCUAGAAGCAAUGCCAAUUCAUUUAUUGUCAGCUGUAGAUCCACCAUCUUUUGUGAUUGAAAAACUGCACAAAAAUUUUGCACAGUUUUAUUGGAGCAAUACAGUUGGAGAAAGUAAUAGGCAGACUAAGCCAACAUUAUGGAGUUCAUUUGUGAGUAACAAGUAUUUGAAGAAGAACAAUCCAAUAUUGGUGCCAUGGAAGAGAGGAUCUCAUGUUUGGAGGAAAUUGCUACAAGCUAGGGACUUGAUUGACCAUCAGAUUUUGUGGCAGUUGAAAAUGGGAUCAGCACUUUUUUGGUUUGAUAACUGGUCUGGUGUAGGUUUUUUAUAUUUUCUCACACCUCCAGAUUUCUAUUGUAAUGAGGAGAACAAUAAUGUUUCAGAUGCAGUAACACAAAUAAGGUGGCAUGAGGUGGGUUUGAGGAAUAAUCUACCACAAGAUCUGGCUGACUUUAUUAUCAAUGAAGUACAGCCUCCUAGUAGGGGAGAUGAGCUUGAUAAGCCCUGGUGGAUGUUAGAAACUAAUGGACAAUUUUCUUUGAAACCAACAUGGGAGUAUGUAAGAAGCAAAGGGGAAAAGAAGGAUGUGUAUAGGAAGAUUUGGGUCAAAGGGCUACCUUUUAAGCCUAAAGAGGAGACUGUUCCACAUAUAUUUCUCAAAUGUGCUACUGCUCAAAGCACUUGGAAAUAUUUUUGUUCAGCUGCAAGUAUUGCCAUUGAUGGUUUGCACCUGCAUCAGGUCAUUAUGAAGUGGUGGACAGCUGAUGUGAUCCCAAGAAUAAAACAUGUUUACUAUGUUGUUCCAUCUAUCAUAGUUUGGGAAUUAUGCAAGAAGAGAAAUGGAUAUAGACAUAGGAACAAAGUCACUACCAGCAGGGUCAUAUAUCAAGCCUCCACAAUUAUUCAACAACUAGUGAGGUUAAGGAAAUUAGGCAUCAAGAAUGUUCCUCACGGAUGGUUUGAAAUUUUGAAAAUUUUGGAAGAUUAUACUCCAAAGUUACAAGUUACUAAGUAUAUGCAAAGGCUAAGGAAAUUGAUGACAUUAGUAUAUGCAAAGGCUAAGGAAAUUAAUGACACUACUAACACUGUCUCUGAGGCUUUGGCUUUGCUUGGUGCUGCAAGAUAUUGCCUAGCACAACAUGUUUACUCAUUUAUCCUUGAAACUGAUUCACUCCUGAUGAAAAAUAUUUUGGAUAGGACUUGGAAGCCUCCUUGGAAUAUUGCAGAUGUUGUAGAGGAGAUUUGGGAUAUCACUGAUAAUGCUCAGGUUCAGGUUUUGCAUAUAAUGAGGGAAGGCGACCAAUUAGCUGAUCAUUUGGCUAAUUAUGCACUUGACUAUGGAGAAAUAGAGGUGAACUCAUUUGCAGAACUUGACUCAAAGGGGAAGAAAAUUCUCAAUAGUGACAAUCUACAUUGUCCAUAUUUGAGAAUUAAAACUGUUAGAAAGUAUUGA